AUGCGACCGAAUAGUCGACUAAGCAAACUACUGUUUUAUCUCACUGUUCUACUUGGCGGAUUCUUAGUUCUCCUCACUUUGAAAUCAUAUACAUCAAAACUUAACGGUCCGGAUGUACCUAGUUGUCGACCAGUUUGGAUGUACCCAUCUUACAUCAAGAUCCAUUCAUUCGAUCAACUGCAUACAAAAUAUGCAUCAAAAUAUUCAAUAUAUCUAUACAGGGAACAAGGCAGGGAUAAACUUCCUCCAGAAGGGAAUGGAGAUAACGAUGAUGAUGUUGUCGGUAUGGAAUUGGAAGGAGUUCCAGUUUUAUUCAUACCUGGAAAUGCCGGUAAUCAUCGACAAGCUAGGUCUAUAGCAGCAAGGACAUCGGAACUCUAUGAUGAAUUGAGGGAUGUCAAUGGAUACAAGACCAAGCUUGAUUUCUUUACCAUUGAUUUUAACGAAGAUUUCACGGCAUUCCAUGGAAGAACAAUAUUGGAUCAAGCGGAAUAUGCCAAUGAAGCAGUCAAAUUCAUCUUGGAUUUGUAUUCAACUAGAUCUAACCCACCAAAAUCAGUUAUUGUUAUUGGCCAUUCAAUGGGUGGUAUAGUGGCGAGAAUAAUGAUGACCUUGCCUGAUUAUUUGCCUGGUUCUGUUGAAGAUAUCUUGACGUUGAGUUCACCUCAUUCUACAUCACCAUUGACUUUUGAUGGUGAUUUAUCAACGAUUUAUUCGGCAGUGGAUAAGUUCUGGUAUUGUGGAUUCACCAAUUGUUCAACAACUACUGGCACCGCCAAGUUGAAUCAAUUGUCAAGUGUAGCUCAUGAACGAUUACAAAAUGUGGCAUUAAUUUCCAUAACCGGUGGCGCUUUGGAUUCAACUUUGCCAGCAGAUUACACAACUUUGGGGUACCUUGUUCCUAAAUCUAAUGGUUUUACUGCAUUCACAACAGGGAUACCUCAAGUUUGGACUCCGAUUGACCACUUGGCUAUAGUUUGGUGCCAACAAUUACGAACUAGAAUUGCAUUAGCUUUGCUUGAAUUGACUAGUUUGCGCGGUACAGUCACCCUUCAGGAUCGAAUGAGAGUUUAUGAACAGUAUUUUUUAACGGGAUUUGAAGAUUAUGCAAUGGAAAAUAAACAAGUGGCCAUUGUUUCAGAAGAGGAUGUAUUCGGAAAGGAUGCGGAUGAUGGAAAUACUGUGAUGAAGCUUGAACCAGGCAGAAUUUAUAACGAAAAGAUGCUUCGGUCGGUCAAUGUAUUCAAAUUGAAUAAGGAUAAAGAUGUUCAAUUUACAUUAUUAUCAAAGAUCCCAUUACAAAUUAUUGGCAACAAGAAGAGCAAAUUAUCAGUGGGUUUGUAUAAUGAGACGGGGGAUGGUGGUAUUAGAGAUGUUUCUUCCUUACAAGCUACUAUCCCCAACUUUGGCGAAAAUGUGACAGAUAUAUCUGAUUCCUCGUAUGAUGGACCUACGCUGCCAAUGUACAGCUUGGUAUUGAACACUACCAUAUUGAAACCCUAUUCUCAUAUUGUCAUCACCCAGUCCAAGAAUGAACGACACGAACUCUAUUGUCAAUUGUCAACUAAUCCUUCCUGUCUCACGUUAGAAAGUAGAGGGGGUAUUCUUUCAGAGUUGAGACUUUUCACAACUGGUCAAGAUAUAUCCUGGUUAAUAAAUUGUGUAAUGAUGACAAAUUUGAAAAUCCCUCAAGCUUGGAGUAGCUUGUAUGUUUAUAAAUUGCAAUUCAAGAUAGUUUUUUCGAGUCUGCUUGAAAAAGAACGUUUCCAUAUGUUUAUUAGACAAUGGACGGAUGACCCAUUUGAAAGCAAAUGGUUCAUCAAUGUUGGUGAGGAUGGUAAUUAUGAGCUACAGUUAACCAUGCAUGGAAUAGCACCUUUUGUUCCAUACAAGAUUCAAUCAGAUUACGGAAUGAAUUUACAAAUAUGGCAAGGAAACGAGCCAGUACGUACAAGAGAAAUGAAUUCCAAAUAUAUAAAUAUUAAUGUGACAAUUGAUAUCAUAGCUAGUUUGAAACUAUUGAUUUUGAGAUACAGAAUCACCAUUGUGGGGAUUAAUAUUGCAAUUAUAAGUAUGGUGAUGAUGUUGCAAUUUGGUCAGUUUGGAUCUACUAGUAAAUACCCCUCAUUCGGUCAAACAUUGAUUUAUUUGAAUGCAAAGUAUUGGUGGGUUAUAAUGACGAUGUUGGUGAUACUUAAUUAUGUGAUCAACAUACCACUGGUGAACAAGUUGUUGCACUAUAUUGAUCCCGUGGUUUUAACUGAUUAUAACAAAUUUGUAAUCAAUGAAGAAGAAUCAGGGUUCAAAUCCAAUGAAUUGUUUUUGGGAUUGAGUCAAGGUUUUACUAUAAUUGGGGUACUUUUGUACUUGUGUUGUAAUUUUAUCAUUUGGUUAACGUGUGUUGCAUUGAUGCUAGUUGGUACUAUGCUAAACUUUGUGAUGUUAAAGUUAUACCCUACUAGAUUGAAGAUUGGAUCCAAAAGAGUUCAAUCAGUAUUGUUCAAUUUACAAGUUUGUUUGAUGGCAUGCAUUGUUUUGUUAAUACCAUGGUAUCUCCCGUAUCAAAUUGUUUAUUUAAUCGGUUGUGUUUACCAAGUGAUCAAUGUGUUGAAGUAUUGGCCAGGGAGAAUAAGACUGAAAGAUCCAAGUGACGAAGGUGUAGACGAUACGACAGCAGCAGAGACGGCGGUAUUCAAUUAUCAAGUAUCUUGGUUGAUAUUGAUGUUGUGGUUAUUACCUAUAAAUAUUCCAAUCUUGAUUGUUUUCAUUCAUAAUUUGCAAAUCAAUUGGACUACACCAUUUAGUAGUCAUCAUAACUUACUAUCCAUUCUACCAAUUCUAUUGAUGACAUACUAUAAUAGUAAUGUCAAAAUGGAAAAAAGAAGCACAAGAAAAGGGAGAAAUAUGGGAGAUGGUGGUGAUGAAUUACCUCACUUGAGUACCAAAGUGAUCAAGUUAAUUCAAUUAAUGUUGGGGUACAUUGUUUAUUAUUCCUUGAUUUAUGGAAGCAGACACACCUUUUAUCUACACCAUUUGUUCAACUUGUUGUGUUGUUUGGUUUGGAUUGUUUUCUAUUCCCAUGAGAGUGCUGCAACAACAGGGGAAAAAGGAGAAAGACGAUGA